AUGCUUCGUCUCUCAAACCUAAAACCACUCUUCAACUCAACAAAUCCAUCUUCUCCUUACCAACUCCUCCAACGCUGUUCCGUCAGCCGCACCGCCAAAGGAAAAGGCAAAGCCGGCCAAAUCCUCAAACGCUCAAAAGUCACCGUCAAAAAAACCGGAUCCGAACCCAAACCCGGAAUCCCCACCGGUUCACGCGAGAAGCAAGAAAAGGAGCGUCUCUACAACCAAUGCAUCGACGCACCAACACCACUCCGCCACCUGAAACCCAAACAACGCGAACGAGAAGAGGAACGCGAGAAAUUAGGGUUAAUAAGCAAAGACCGCCAGCGAGAAAUCGACAUGACGAAGAAGAAGAAUCAGAAAUUUAGGGUUUCAGAGAAGCCGUCGAUUAUCGGAACACCGGGUUUGGAUUAUAUAACAUUGGGUUUGGUUGAUGCUGAGAAAUUGCCUAAGUAUGAAUUGACUGCUGAAGAUGGGAAGAGAUUGGCGAAGGAGUAUAGUAGGGUUUUGAUGAGGAAGCAUAGAGCGAGACAAGCUGCGGAAACGAAGUUUUUGGGGUUGAAAAAGGAAGCUAUUGAAGCUUUGCCGGAGAAGCUGAAAGAAGCUGCUUUGGUGCCGGAUUUGUCUCCUUUUCCGGCUAAUCGGUUUAUGGCCACUCUUACUCCGCCUAUUGAGGGGUAUAUUGAGAAGAUUAGGGAAGCUGCUAAUAGGAUCAGUGGGAAGGAGAAGAUUAGAUAG